UCAGGGACCCCAUGGGAGGAUGUAGGAACUCCACAGGGGGGACACAGACCCCAUGGAAGGGGGUCAGGCAUCCCACAGAGGGGUGUCAGGGACCCCAUGGGUGGUUUUGGGGACCCCAUGGGAGGAUGCUGGGACGUGGGGGAUGUUUUAGGGAACUGAUGGAGGAUUUAGGGACCCUGGGGUGAGGCCAGAAGGGGUCCCCAAAGCUGCGGGAUGCAGUGACCCCAUGAGGGAAGGGGGCUCCAGGUUUGGGGCCCAUGGCAGAGCAGGACUGGGCGCUGGAGCCGGGCUGGCUUCUCUCCCCCGCCGGCCGCCCCUACCUGGACUCCAUCCUGCACAAGAACCAGCGGAGAGUGUUCAGUCUGCUGGAGCGCCCUGCGCUGCCGCCCGCCCUGGCUGUCCCCACUGUCACCUACAAACUCUUCCUGGCCGGGAGAAGCGGCGUCGGCAAAACAGCGCUGGUGGCCUGGCUGGCGGGGACCCCCGGGCUCCUCGCCCACCACGAGACCCUGGGCAUCGAGGCCACCACGGUUUUCUGGCCGGCCAAGCCCCGCGGCAGCGGCCGCCCCGUCCUGUUCCAGCUGCACCUCUGGGACUGCGGGGAUGGAGCGCUCAGGAAGUUCGAGCACCUGCUGCCCGCCUGUAAGGAGGAGGCGGACGCUGCCCUGUUCCUGUUCUCCUUCACGGACCGCGCGUCCUUCGAGGAGCUGCCGGCGCUCAUGGACCGUGUGCUGGGCCCCGGGGACCGCGACAUCAUCAGGAUGGUCGUGGGCACCAAGUUUGCACCCUCAGAUUUCAAACCACUCAGUGCCUGGGCAGCCAGAGAACGCUCCCACCUCAUUACACCCACACCUUCACAGCUCCCGGUGGAUCUCGGGUGGUUUUGGGGGGAUUUUCCGGGGUGUUGCUGUUUCCCUUGACCCUGUGUCCCCUCCCC